AUGAAUAAUUCAAUUCCUUCUAUUAAUAGUCUUUUAUUAAAUUUAAAAUCUACAGUUGAAUUAUUAAUUCAAUUUCGAGGUGAUUCAUUAACAACAAAAUAUGGUGCAAUUGAAAGAUUUCGAUUAGUUAUUUUGGCUAUUCUUACACAUUGUCUUAAACAAAAUACACAAGAUAUCUAUGAACAAUUAUGGCAAUUAAUUGUACGUUUAAAUGCAAAUUCUCAACGAUAUAUACGUUUACUACAAGAUAUAUAUCAUAAAGAAAAUAUUCGAUUAUCAGUUGAACAAUGGAUUGAUCAAUCAGUUAUAAGUCAAUGUUUAUCUCAACAAUUAUCCUGUGCUGAACAUGAUAAUGAUUUACUUGAACAAUAUUAUUAUCAUGAUUUAUUUUUUGUUUUUAAAAAGUAA